AUGGCGGAUGUGAAGCGAACGCUGCUAGAAGGAGGUGAAGAUGUAAAGGACGACGAGGAAGAAGAUGGAGAAUGCGAAGCAUCCGAUCAACAAGCCAAAGAGCCGCUCGCUGAUUUUUGCAGAAGUAUGCUUCGAUUUGCAGCUUCUUAA